UGAGUGAGGAGCCACCAGCAGAGAUGGUAAAAAUGACAAAAUCAAAAACGUUCCAGGCUUACCUGCCGAACUGUCACCGAACCUACAGCUGUAUCCACUGCAGAGCCCACCUAGCCAAUCAUGAUGAAUUGAUUUCCAAGGCAAGUGAUUUGUUUAGAGACUUCAUGUGGGUUUUUUUUAACCAAAAUUGUUGUCAUUGGGUCAGUACUUCCAAUACAUAAGUGGUAUAAAUCUGAUGCAUACUUCAAAGUAUCUUCCCAAGAGCUCCAUUCUUGGGUCAUAGAUGCAUUAUACUGAGGAAUGGAUGUUUUCUAGAAACUUCGUGUAAAGCCCCAUCAUCGCAACCCCCCAUAAAUAACAGGUAGGUGCUACUUUUGAGAUGUGCCUGAUCUUUACCAGACUAGGACUAGAUGUGAUAAGUUUGCUAAGGAAGUAAACUGUCUGAAGGAAGUGUAGAGCUCAGGAUUGGGAAAUUAUUCUUGUUAAAUUGAUUCAAAAGAUUCAUCUACUAGAGAGAGGUCACAAAAUUAGCUGGUAUUACACAAUCCAGUGGAUCAACAUGAAGUCCAUCACUACAUUGUCUAAGCCUUUCCUUCUCUCUCAUUAGUAUAUACCAUCUGGUUAAUUUGUGGAGCUUAAAAAACUGAUUACUCUGAGGAAUGUUCAAGCUCAAGUUUAAAUUUCAUAAAGAAAUUCUGAAGCUUUUGAAAUGAUCUAGCCCUGUCCUUUAUAUCAAUUGUUGAAAGAAACUAAGACUCCAUAAUCAUGUAGUAAAAUUUAAUACCGAGGGAAAAAUAUAAAGUGACGGUGCUUUAAGUCAAAUUAGGUUUCUGAUGGAGCACCCUGUAAAUAUUUUCUAAGGAAAAAAUUCAAUUCAAUUUUCAAACUUUGGGUUGUUGUUUUUUAAUGGGUGUAUGUUGGGGAUGGGGGAAAGGAUGGGACUUCCUCUGCUGAUAGUGGUUGAGCCAGAGAACAUCCUUCUUGAGGCCGUCCCUUAUUUCUUCCCAUCUUCUCUGUCCCCCACCAUCAUCCCCCUCUGUUGCUCCUGCCUGCUGGUAUCUUUAGCAGCAUUGAAGUAAUUGAGGUAGUAAAAGCAUUGAGGAGUCCCAGGAAGUAAAGAAGCCACUCCUUUUAAGUACCUUCAGUGUUCCCUAGUCCUCGGCAGAGGCCUGGGGAGUGAAGGAGGUUCCUUGGGCCACACACCCCUUUACCUGCACACUUCUGGCUCCAAACACAAAUGCGAGCAAUAUUGCUUGUAGAUAUCCUCUUGCAGGCCUGCUCUUCUCCUCUUCCAUUCCUCCUGUUCCUCUUCUCUUCUGUCCUCCCCCCCUCCCCCGACCAACACAGAAAAAACACACACACAAAAGAAAGGGUGAGUGAUGUGCCGUGCUAAUGCACAAAGCAGGAAGUGUGACUGAUCAAAUGCAAAACAUUGAAACUGACUAUAUACAAAGUGCUGUCCAAAGCAUACAUUUAUUAAAUUCAGAAAAGAUACAGGCUCUUUAGUUCUAGUAACCAUAAAUAUUGCUUUUAAAAAAAACUGUAGGAAAAUACAAGCAGAAAUGUGACUCAAAUUUCUUUUAAUCACAAAGAAAAAUAUUAAGGUAAGAAUCACCUUUUCUUCAACAACACUCCAAUAUAAAUUUCAAGAAGGAGACAUGACUUCAUUAUUCAACACGCACUUUAACCUGAUGCUACAACAGAGGUCAUGUGACUUAGGAGUGCAUCUCAUACCUAAUUCUGCAUUCAAAGAGCUUCACUUGCAGUCUUUUCAGGGAAGCCAAGGAAGAGCCUACCUCUUUAAUUCUGUGGUAAAUGUGGGCUGUGGUCCAGCAGAGGAGAGAGUUCUUUUGACAGGUUUACAUGCUGUAGCAGAUAUCUAUUGUGAAAACUGUAAAACCACUCUUGGAUGGAAAUAUGAACAUGCUUUUGAGAGCAGUCAGAAAUACAAAGAAGGAAAAUUUAUCAUUGAACUUGCCCAUAUGAUCAAAGACAAUGGCUGGGAGUAAAUUAAAAGCAUUUUUUCACUCUGUUUGGACAAUAUUCUGUGGAACAUGCUUUAUAAAGACUAAUGCAAAUGAAAGGAGGAUUUUGGCUGAGGUAGCUUUGAGAAUAUCACUGAACUUCGCAACCUCACAAAUGAGUAGUGUAGUUUAUGUGGCUCUUUCAGGCCAUGUUUGCCUUUUUCUCCUUGUGUAAGUUCCCUCUUUUGUAUAUGUAUUCUUGUGUGAACAGUUGUUUUGGAACAUUUUGGAUGACCUUUUUCUAAACGCUCAAGUUCUAGAGAAACAGUUCACUAACUGCAAAUGAAUUUUACUGGUUAGCAUUUUUAUUUGACCUAUGCCUUUAAUGCUACCUUUUGCUGUGCAUGCUUCUUGCCUAAACACCUACACCAAAUCUAGCAGAAGACUGAUAUGAGUAGUCCUGAAGAAUGUAUGGGCUGGAGGUGUCUUUUUAUAUGUAGCAAUUUCUGAUAUCUCUGGCAGUGAAAGGGAUGCAGUAUUUAGAGUAUUCAUUAAUUGCUUUUUAAAAUUUGGGAGUACCAUAAUCGGUGUACAUCUUGCAGGCAAGUAAGUUAAAGGAACAGUGCUCAUUUAGAAAUCUUUUGGUUGCACUGACUCAUAUUAGUAGAUCUUAAGUUUUCCAAAAAAAUACAUUAAUGAUUCAGUAUUUUUAGUGCAACUAAUUUUCAAGAAUACUAAGGCAGUGAUACUGUAGAAUAUAUUUAAUCAACAUAAUUGCAUUCCUUAUCCAGCAAACUUGUGUCUUGAAGGGAGAAGUUGAUAAAAUUAUAGCCUGCAAGAUCAAAGGGCACAAAAAUAUAUGCAUCUUGUAUUUAUAAAAAAUUAGUCAGUGUAAACAAGUUUUUGGUACUGUGCCUUUUAACAGUAACAGGGACUUGUGCCUCAGUGAAGUUUUAUGGCUGGUUCCAUGUAGCUGUGUGGUCUAAUGCACUGGACAAAGAGGUUGUUCUAAAGAAAAUUCAUUGAAGUAUUCUGCUUUUGCUACACUUCAACAAAAAUAUAGUUAUUUUUGUGUGACAACAGGCCAGAGCUUAUAAGAUGGAAGUUAGUAACUGUACCUGCAGAAGAGUGGGGGUUGGUGGAUAGGCAGGAAAGUGUGAAGUUGACUUCAUUUCUUCAUAAAAUAGAAUAGCAAGAUAAUUUUUAAAAUAAAAAGGGGUUUGUUGGUUUGCUGGAUAAAUCAUCCCCAAAGACAUUUUCAUAAUAAAAUUUAUAUAAAGCUCACAUUCUUUCUGUUUUUUUGCUUUUUUCCAGCUGCUUCAUAACUGGAGUGACUUAGUAAGAAAGCCUUCUGUGGAUGUGUAUCCACAAAAUUUACUAUUGGGUUUUGUGCAUGCACUUUCCAGAGAGGUUUUAAAAAAAUUAAUCUUGUGUCUUGUAUUAGUUGCUAUCUUUGUUAUCAAAUGAAAAGUAUUUAUGGAGGAUCUUUUGUACUUAGCUCCCUUAAUGCUUGAGGACAAAGUGGUUGGCAACCUCUUUUACGUUAACACUACGUAAGUACUAUGAUGGAAUGAACAAUACGAAAGCCUUACAAUAGAAUAGAAGUUAGUGUCCUUUUAAUAACUAUUUUAAUAUGGCAUUUGUGAAGAUUGCAAUGUGUGCCAUUGCUGCUGCUGUUACAUUUUGGAUAAAUCUCUGACAGGUUUUCAAAACUCUACUGCACUUUAUUACCAGACAUCAUUCAUUUACAAACAUGCCAAUGACUAGGAGCAAUACAGAAGCUCUACAUCAGGAGCUGUGAUAAUUAAUCUACAGAACUUAAAUUUUAAAAAGUAGAAAUAGUAAAAACCUUUGGGUUUAAGUCAAAAGAACUGGUCUAGUACAACUGGGUCCAAUAUGGAUUUUGUGGGGUGCCUUAUACUGCUCCUCCAUAAUCAAGAAUUAGAUUGAACCCAGGAGUCCCCUUUAUCUGAAUGUCAUUGGCACAAGAUGGUCAUCUGGUGCUGCCAUCUGUUCAGUCUGAAAGAACCUGGAAUUCUGUUUUGUUUGGGCUAUUUUUCAAUUUUCCUCUAAUAUAAUGUCCAUUGCCAACAAUGAAAGCACCGAAACAGCUAUCAACAAGGAGUUUGUGUUGGUUUCAAAGCCUAAAUGUAAAACCCAUGAAGAUGUCUAUAGGAAAUUUAUAUUUUCUUUGUCUGGCUACAGACUCAAGAAGAAUUACACUGAGUUGAAGAAAAAAACACCAUGAUCCUUCACUAUAAAAAUGAGAGUACAAAUUUAAGGUUAAUUUUUUUCUUUUUAUGAGAGAGAACAAUCUCAAGUAAUAUUUUAAAUAGUGGAUUUGGAUGUUUCCUAUUAAUGAGCUUUUUUUUUUUUUUUUUUUAACUAGAAAAGAUAUUCUUAUUUAGAUGCUCAACCUCUUUUUUCAGUGCAUUAUUUAUUUCUAUUUCAAACUGGACAUUUUCACCAAAACCUUAAUUACCCUUGAUGCCAAAGGUUGGGAUUUCAUUAAGUGCUUAGCACCUAAAACUUCAACUACUGGCAUAAGGAAUUAAUGUGAGUUAUGUAUAAUGUUAUGGCUUUUAAGAGAACCAAAUAAAGCAAUAUUCUUGUUAGCCUUUUGAGGGGGGGGUAAGAGGGAGUAGAGAAGGAGCUAUAACUAAUACAAAAUUCCUACUCCACACUACUAUGUAAUAAUUCUUUAUGCUUGCUAUGAUAUCUGGGAGUAUGUGAACCUGUUUUUCUUAUUGCUUGACUUGAGCAGUGAUUCUUUGAAACAGUUCUCCCAUUGUAAAGAUGUGGAGAGUUACGCCUAAUGGUUUUGGUGAAAGUUGGUUCCACAUAUUAGUGGCUACUGGUUGAUGUGAAGAGGUCAGUCUGGUCACUGAACCUUCCAGCAGUACAUUAAAAAGAAAAACUUACUUGAAGAGAAUUCUACAAAGCAUUUUCCCUCUAACUUUUUUUUUUUUUUUUUGUAAUAUAUUAAGAUUAUAUUUAAAGGUUUUGUGUGUUCAUUCUGGGCAAGUUUACUUCCUCUCCCACUUGAGCACUUUUGUUACUUGUACUGGUUAUUUUUAUUGUUGAUCUUAACAUUUAUUUUGUAUUUUUUUUAUAAACUGUAACAAAAAGCUUUUGUGAACUCUUGUUUCACGCUAGCUCUUUCUUGGACCAAAUGAACCAACUACGAGCUGGCUUCUUGGAAAGAAUGUUCAUUGGGAUACAUAAGAAUAUGCUAGCGAAAAAUAUACAUGUAUUGAAAGGAUUUUCUUUUGAACCCAUAAAAGCUAUGGCUGUCCUAAAAUAAUUAAGCAUCAUAAUUUGACAUGAUUUUGGAAUCUGGUGCCACAUUCUUCAUUGUCUAGGCCCUAAAUAGUGGCUGUAACACUGGUGUUACAAUAUUGAGAGUCUGCUUCAAAUGCCAAUAUUCUUUCCUUGGUUUAUAACUAUGGACAUCUUUUUAACCAAUGAAAGGCAAUACUGUCAUUUACACAAUGUUAAGUUGCAAAAUUUCCUGUAAACUGUCUGACAGAAUUAGGGAGGGCUUGGUGAUACAUCAGCCUUACCACUUUUGCUGUUUUGGAUUUUAUUUCUUUCUUUCACUGUGUUGCCAUUUUAAUAUACAGUAUUUUAUUACCCUCUUAACCAUCCAUAACCUCUUCUGACUAGUUUCUGCCUGUUGCUAAAAGGGGUUGGAAUAUGUGAACUUUUAAAUUAUCUAUAAACUAUAUAGUGAUGUAGGUUGAAUUGUAACAGAGUACAAAUAAAGUCCUGAUGCCCUACUGCAAACUAAAUAUUUGGCAAGUUUAAAAAUAAUCAGCAGCCUCUCUGUAACUGGCUUAAUUUUCAUGCAUCUAAUCUUAUAGCAGCUUGUGGAAGACUUGACUUGAAAUUUAUUUGAUUUCAAGUGAACGAUACCUCAAAGUAACAAACAGAAGCAAUUAACCCUUUGAUUAUGGAAAUAGUAAUACAUCCAUAUUGCUCCCUAAUGUAAACUACAUUUGUGCUAACGUAGGGUGCUCGGUACCAUUUCCAAUGGACUUGAAAAUUUUCCUUUAUAUAUUGCUCUCUCAGAUUUUUUUUCAGAUAUGAGGAUCAUAUAGUCAAAUUGCAAGACCUGUUUCUAGAUUGAGAUACCAGAGCGCCACGAAGAGAGACAAAUUUUAACAUCCCAGUUGUAUGAUAAUGGGACAAGAGUGGAAGGAAGCCAUCAAAUUAUUGUUAAACUUGUAGGAUAUUGUAUUGUACUUCAUUUAGCACUCGUGUAAGUCAAUCAGCAGUAUCUAUUGUAAAGGAACAGGAAUUUCAGAGGUAAUUUUGAAAAGGACGGUUACAAAUCAUUUAAGGCCUAAAGCAUGAGUCAUAAAUGGCAACUGAGUUGUGCCUCAUAUUGUUUCUUAAACACUUUAAAAUGCUUUCUUUUACAGAUGACAUGGCUGCUUUGCUGUUUUGUCCUAGCAAUACUGUAUAUCAUUUGUUGUUUCACUAUAUUGUAUCUGAGGUAUCACAAUAAAAGUUUCAAUGGUUUUGUUGAA